UUCUGACUUCACUUUUGGAGCUGGCGUCGACGAAUCGCGCUCGGUUGUCGGAGAUAGGCUCUUCUCCGUUUUAACGAUGCCGAGAAUGGAGGACAUUCUGAAUCUUCCGGUGCAAGACCCUCCUUGCCCUGAAUUUUCUGCUGCUCAUAUAAAGUGGGUUAAAGUAGAAGGCGGUCGCCAAGGUGGUGAUGAUAUUGCUUUGAUUCCUUUUGCUAGGGUGGAUGAUUUUGUUAAAGGGGAGUCGUCCAAUGCAGAAUGCCCUGCUAACUUCCGGAUAGAAUCGAGAAGAAAAAGACCUGAAGGGAGCAGUACUAAACCAAGGGUUGAUGGAUAUCUAGAAUAUACAUUAUAUUGGUGUUCUUAUGGUCCGGAAGACUACCGAGAGAGUGAAUCAGGUAUUGGGGAUGGUGCAAGUACCAAACCUACUUCAGGAAAGGGGAGCAGGCCAGGGAGGCGUCAUAUGAUGAGAGGCUGCCUUUGCCACUUCACUGUCAAGAGGUUAUACAUGCGACCCCUGCUUGCCCUCAUCAUAUAUAACCAAAGAAGACACGUGGAUAAAACAGGGUCACCUUGUCAUGGGAUACUUGACAGAAAUGCUGUAGGAACAAGAGCUAUGUAUGCUCCACGAAUUUCAGACGAGUUACGCCAAAAAGUGAUUUCUAUGCUUUAUGUUGGAAUAUCAUUGGACAACAUAAUACAACACCACACAGAGAUGAUGCAGAAGCAAGGGGGACCACAUAAUCGUGAUGAUUUUCUCACUCGAAAUGAUGUUCGUAACAUGGAAAGGAUUAUUCGUAAUACUACUCAUGAACUGCAGGAAAAUGAUGAAUGCAGUGUAAGGAUAUGGGUUCAACGCAAUCAGAAGCAUGUUUUCUUCUUCCAGGACAAUUCUGUCUCAGAACCCUUGGUUUUGGGAAUACAGACAGAUUGGCAAUUGCAACAAAUGCUUCGUUAUGGACGUGAUAGUUUUAUCUCUUUUCAUUCAACAUUUGGCUCAAAAAAGCUCAAGUUUCCACUUUGUUCUUUACUUGUUUUCGAUUCAUCCCAAAAUGCAAUUCCAGUUGCUUGGAUUAUCUCCUCAUCCUCGGUCCAUAAAGACAUUCAUAAGUGGAUUGGGUUACUAUGUGAAAGAAUAAGAACCAAGGACCCCAGAUGGAAGCCUAACGCCAUUUUGUUAGAUAAUCCAUCCUCUGAAUUUGCUAUUAUAAGGGAGGCUUUUCAAUGUCGCAUCCUUUUAUGCACUUGGCAUGUUCGCCGUGCUUGGAUUAAAAAGCUUCAAAAGAAAUGCUGCAACAUUGAGGUGCUACAAGAGAUGUUCAGGCACUUGGGUGGGAUUUUGUACUCUACAAGAGGUGGGCCUAGCGCUGUAGAUGCCAUUGAAGAGUUUAUGCAAAUAUUUGUUGAUCAAUGUGGUUUCAUAGACUAUUUCAAGAGCCACUGCCUAUCAAAUAUAGAUAUGUGGAUUAAUGGCGUGAAGUCACUCCCUGUUACAACUCCAGACUUGCAUGCCGCCAUAGAAUCCUAUCACCUAAGACUAAAGUCCCGGCUCUUGAAGGAGACUUGUGCUAAUUUCUGGCCAAGAAUCGAUUGGUUAAUCCACACUUUAACUACUGAAUUUCACUCCUUAUACUGGCUAAACCAGUACAAUUUAGAGACAGGGUAUCUUGAGAAUCUAUGGGAAAAUUAUUUCUCCUCCAGUGCUUGGUACCAUGCUCUCCAUAUUCCAGAUGUUGAUGUUCUACUGGAUGACCAAAAUCUCCAUUUUGCAAAAAUCAUAUCGCAGACAGAGAGGAGCUUCGUGUAUACAGUUUGGAACCCUGGUUCAGAAUUUUCACUUUGUGACUGUUCCUGGUCUCGGCUGGGAAACCUCUGUAAACAUGUCAUUAAGGUGGCAACUUUCUGUAGAACUCGGCAGGUUGCAAGGCCGUUAUUGUCUGCUCAAGUUUAUAAACAGGCUUUGCUCAACCUUCUCCAUAACCCCCCAGAUGAUCCUUUAGUUCUUGAUCAUACCAUUCUACAUGUGGCUCGAUUACAACAAGACAUUAAAUCCUUGGAAGACUUGUCAAACGAUGGAUUACUCCAGCCUUUACCAUCUGAUUUGAGUCAUCAAAUGGCAGAAAAUUCUAUGCUUUUUCGGCAUCUCCCCUAAUUAGUCCAUCUGAAAUGGGGAAAAAAAGAAGCUUCGUUUGGAGAAAAGUUCAUUUUUCUUAGGCAUAUAGUAAUCCAGUGAGGGUUGGAUUCUCUAUGUUCCUAGAGCAAUUAACUUUGCAUGAGUUCAAAAGGGUGCUUUCCCGCUUUUGAAAGUGGUAGCACAAUUAUUCGUGUCAUGAAACCGCAUAAUUCUGCCUGCAUAACUUAAUGCUAUGACAGUACUGCUUGCACUCUUCAAUAUUCCACCAAGUUGACAUUCUUUUUUUUUGGUGGGGUUAGUGUUUGUGGUGCUGCCUCUGAACUUCACUUCAGCAUCUUUUUUUCUUCUCUUUUCCUCCUGCAUUGAUGUUCCUUUUCAAGUAAAGCUAAAUGUUCUCGAACUUUUAGUUGCAGUGAAUGUGGACUUUGGUCCAUGGUUAUUAUAUCUGACGCUUUAUGAAGUUGGAGGUGGCAUAUGAUGGCAUGUCCAAGGCUACUGUCUCACAGACUUUAUGGUGAGUGCAUCACAUUUUAGGGAUGUGGAGGAGCUCUAGGAUGUCAAAAGAAAUGAAAAGGGAAGGAAUAGAAGGAUUCUAGUAAAUGAAGUCACUUCAAAUUUUUUAUUUUCUGGUCCCAAGGCAUCCUUCAAAUUCAGGCGAAGCUGCAUUGGGUGUGCCAUUAACGCUUCAAGGGAUCAUUCAAAAAUGUGAUCUAUACGAAAGUGCAAGCACUCAGUUUUCAGAUUAUUGUGAUUUAUCUCACAAAUUCAUCUAAGGCAUUUUGCUUCAUGUUUUGCUAGUUUCCAUCCUCGGUAAAUCUUUCCUUUUCAUGGUUCCUAUCAAAUAUGCUGAAGGCUCUGGAUCUUCGACAGCAAUUGGGACUGGGGGUUCCAUCGAUUGGUUGUAGAAGGUGAUUACGAGUUGAUGACUUAGUUUAAUCUAUAUUGGAGGACCUGACCUAGUUGAUAUUUUAGGAGUAUGUAUUUUGCCUUUGAAUCUUUGCAUGUAUUUGGUUUUGGGGCUGAAGGUGCCACACUCAUGCCGGCUAGGUGGCUCCGUGUCUUGAAUUUUCUUCUGUGGCUCUGACUAGGUAGCUUUUGUGUAAGAUCCCAUUACUGCAAAUAUUGGUACGCUUGUAUCAUCAUUGGUUCCUAAUGCGACCUGUGAUUGUGUGUAAUAAAAGAGAGGAAGUAUGUUCAUGUUUGUCUGGGGCUGAGCCCCAUGUCUUUUCAGUUUA